GUUGUUGCGCACUGACCAGGACUCCGGUUCUGCUCCUGCUCCUGGUUCUUCAGGAGAACAGGCAGACCAGGUCGAGUCCUGCUGCAUGUCUCGGCUGCUGAGCGCGGUGGAGAGUGAGCUGCAGGUGGGGGGUCAGAAAGGUGACUCCACAGAGAGGGAUGUGAGGGUGACGCUGGAGGACGCCGAGCUGUGGAGGAAGUUCCAAAGUGUCACCAAUGAAAUGAUUGUCACCAAGAAUGGACGAAGGGAGUGUCACAGUGAGGGGCAGAGUGAGGGGCAGAGCCACACUGAGGGGUGUGGUGACAGGGGCAUCUACAUCCACCCUGAUUCACCAAACUUUGGAGCUCACUGGAUGAAGGCCGCUGUGACCUUCAACAAGGUCAAGCUCACUAACAAGAUCGCUGGUGGAGGCCAGAUUAUGUUGAACUCUCUCCACAAAUACGAGCCUCAGCUAAACAUCGUGUGUGUCGGCUCUCGCCAUCGUCUGGUCUCCAACAUCUCCUUCAGAGAAACUCAGUUCAUUGCUGUUACUGCGUACCAGAAUGAAGAGAUAACAGCACUGAAGAUUAAAUACAACCCAUUUGCUAAAGCGUUCUUGGACACUAAAGACAGGAACAGAGGAGGGCGGAGCUUAACAGAUUCAUCUGACAAUCUUGUGUCUGGAAUUCAACCCUUCUGUGUCCCAGGUUGGUCUAUGUGCUCAGCUGCAGGGGACGGUUCCUAUUCUUACCACGGAAGUCCGUCUUUGACAUCCCGUCCUCACCAUGGUUACAAACACCAUGUUUACCCAGGACGCCAUGCUCCUUACUCUGCCCCCUAUCCAAAGCCCUGCAUGCAUUCAUCAGACAUUCAGGUCUUUGAUGGACGUAGCACCUCACCUUGCAUGACCACUUCCUGCCCCUCCUCCUUCACUUCUAACUCUUCUCUGACUGCUACUGCUCCUCCUCAUUACUCCAGUCAGUUCCCUUGUCUUUGGACGGUUGGAUGUUCUGAGCUGAGCCCUGUACACUCACCAUGCAACUCUCUGCAUGGACCAAUCAACAAUGAGAAUCUUAUGCAGCAUUCCAGCCAUGGCCGAGGGAGCAGGGCUGUAUGGUGUAGCCCACCUGACUCCACCCACUCUUUCUGAGGACUAAUCAAGUGUUAAUUGCAUUGACUAAAACCUUGACUAAAACCUAAUAUGAAUAAUGUGGUAAUGGUUUGGUAAAGUGCUGCUGGUUCUGCCAUGUUUUGCAUUUUGUGUUAAUGGAUAAUCACAAUUAGUGGUAACCACUGACUGCUACAUACUGUUGCUUGUCACUUCAACACCCUGGCAACACCAAGGGUUAUAAUACCCUAAAUAUUGCCAGUAAUUCCAUAUACUUGUAACUCAUCGCAGCAUCCUAUUGGUUAUUUUAAGAACUGCUUACCGUUACUAACACAAGUUGCUAAUACAGUUACACAGUUGUACAUUAUAUUUACCAUUGUUU